AUGAAGGACGAGCAUUUGGAACAGCAGGAAGUCGGCGCGGAGGUCCCUGCAGAACCCGCCCAUGCACCGGGAGAGCAGCAUCUGGUUUGUAACACGACACCGACCGGCGCUCAGUGUAUCCAAAACCCAGAUGGUAUCAAUCCCGAGGACUGGGCCGCAGCUCUGCAUAUAGCUGCUGCCAUUCCGGAAUUAAGAUAUCCGUCUGAGGCGGGCGUCAGAUAUGUGGCGCUCUCCGACCUGAGACUCCCCACGCCGACGACAGCAUGCAUUAGCGGAAUACAAGACCAGACACACCUACAUGACGCUAGCGAGUCCGGAAGCCCGGACUUGGUGAUGGUCUCCGAGGAUACCGUCCUCGAGGACAGCGUGCGGUCGGGCCAUGCAGAUGAGGACCCUGGUCCAGACACAGAGCCUGAUCCGUCAAGUUCAAAGCGAUGGCAAUGUCCAGGAUGCGAGAGAAUCUAUAAGCGCCCGCUUAGUCUUCAAAUGCACUUGAGAGCCAAAGCCAAGUGCCGUAAAGGCAAGGGAGCGAAACACCACUGGACGACGGACAUGGACAAUUUCGUGAUAGUGGACCACUGA